CUCAAAGUUAGGAAGAGUUAUGAAGGCAGAUACAGUAUAUACAUAUAUAUACACCUAUAUAUAUCUGUGUAUGUAAGGACAGAAAUAUAUAUAUAUACAGAUAUAUAUAAUAAUAGAGGGGAAGGAAAAGCAGAAACAGGCAACAGCAGAACCUUUUGUCUUUGUCAUGUAGAGAGAGAAAAAAGUAUAAAACGAUACAGAGAGAGAGAGAGAGAGAGAGAGAGAGAGAGAGAGAGUGGAGGGUUGUUGUUGGUGCACAGAGUUUGCUGCGAGACAGAGAGAGAGAGAGAGAGAGAGAGAGAGAGAAGCAAAAAAGAGAGAAAAAAGUGAGAAAAGGAAUAAAGAGAAGAAGAGGUUCAGUUCGGUUCGGAAAAACCCUAACCCUAGAAAUGCGCAUUUUCUCGUCCUCCUCCGGUGCUCUGUGAUUGUGAGGAAUAAUAUUAUUGAUUCGUGUGUGUUUUCGAUCUCGGAGGAAGGAAGGAGAAGGAGAUUAGAUUCAUUCCAUGCUCUGUGAAUUCGAGUUGUUGAAUCUGAAAGCCCUAAAUUUGCUGUCUUGAAUCCCAUCGUUUUUGCUCCUCAAGCUCGACUUUUUGCGAUUCAUAUUUCAUAGUGAAGCUUUGACGCAUAAAUUUUGUACGAAAAGAGAGGCAAGAGGAAAUUGUUCUUGGAUACUGAAUUUUUGGCACAUUCUGACGAAGUUUUUUCCUUUUUGGUCCGAGGAAGUGUUUUAGAGAAGUCGCAUUUGGAUUUGAUUUUGGUGAAUUUGAAAAAAGGAUCUUUUGCACUGGAGCGAUUAUUAGUACCGGGGACAAUGUCUUCGUUAAGUAGGGAAUUGGUAUUCCUGAUCUUACAGUUCUUGGACGAGGAGAAGUUCAAGGAAACGGUUCAUAAGUUAGAGCAAGAGUCCGGUUUCUUCUUCAAUAUGAAACAUUUUGAGGAUCAAGUCCAGGCUGGAGAGUGGGAUGAAGUUGAGCGCUAUUUAUGUGGAUUCACGAAGGUUGAAGACAAUCGGUACUCAAUGAAGAUUUUCUUUGAAAUUAGGAAACAGAAGUAUUUGGAAGCUCUUGAUAGGCAGGACAGGGCCAAAGCCGUUGAGAUUCUUGUGAAAGAUCUCAAGGUUUUUUCAUCUUUCAAUGAGGAUCUUUUCAAGGAGAUUACACAGUUGCUUACACUUGAUAACUUUAGGCAAAAUGAACAGCUUUCAAAGUAUGGAGACACGAAAUCAGCUCGAAAUAUCAUGCUUAUAGAACUUAAGAAGCUAAUUGAAGCAAACCCCUUAUUUCGCGAUAAGCUUGCAUUCCCAGCCUUCAAAAGUUCACGUCUAAGGACGUUAAUAAACCAGAGUUUAAAUUGGCAGCAUCAACUCUGCAAGAAUCCUCGUCCAAACCCCGAUAUAAAAACACUUUUUACGGAUCAUUCUUGCAAUCCAACUGCUAAUGGAUCCCGUCCUCCUCCUACAAACAACCCCCUUGUGGGGCCAAUUCCCAAGGCUGGUGCAUUUCCUCCUAUUGGUGCCCAUGGUGUAAGUCCCUUUCAGCCCGUUGUCUCCCCAUCUCCCAGUGCUAUUGCUGGUUGGAUGUCGACCACAAAUCCAUCUUUGCCUCCCCCUGCUGUGGCAGCAGCCCCUCCGGGUCUAGUCCAGCCUUCUAGUACAGCUGCAUUCUUGAAACAUCCAAGGACUCCUACAGGUGUUACAGGGAUGGAUUAUCAGUCAGCUGAUUCGGAGCACUUGAUAAAGCGUAUUCGCACUGGCCCAUCGGAGGAGGUAUCAUUUUCUGCUGUAAUGCAUUCGAAUGCCUAUUCACAAGACGACAUUCCCAAAACUGUUUUGCGGACUCUUAGUCAAGGAUCUAAUGUUAUGAGCAUGGAUUUUCAUCCACAACAACAAACUAUACUCCUAGUUGGCACAAAUGUUGGUGAGAUUAGCCUUUGGGAAGUUGGGUCGCGGGAGAGGUUGGUUCAUAAACUUUUCAAGGUUUGGGACAUACAAGCUGCUUCGAUGCCAUUGCAGUCGGCUUUGUUGAAUGAUGCUGCAAUAUCGGUGAAUCGGUGUGUUUGGGGGCCAGAUGGGCUCAUGCUUGGUGUUGCAUUUUCAAAGCACAUUGUUCAGCUUUAUACUUACAAUCCAACUGGGGAAAUGAGGCAACAUAUGGAGAUUGAUGCUCAUGUGGGUGGUGUUAAUGAUAUUGCAUUUGCUCAUCCUAACAAGCAACUUUGCGUCAUUACAUGCGGAGAUGAUAAGCUUAUUAAGGUAUGGGAUGCUGUAGCUGGACGCAGACUCUAUACAUUUGAAGGUCAUGAGGCUCCAGUAUAUUCUGUUUGUCCUCAUUACAAAGAAAAUAUCCAGUUUAUUUUUUCUACUGCUAUUGAUGGGAAGAUUAAAGCCUGGCUUUAUGAUUGCUUGGGAUCAAGAGUGGACUAUGAUGCUCCUGGACUUUGGUGCACCAUGAUGGCGUAUAGCGCAGAUGGAACCAGGCUUUUCUCAUGUGGAACAAGCAAGGAGGGUGAAUCUCAUCUUGUAGAGUGGAAUGAAAGUGAAGGAGCUAUCAAACGUACAUAUUCUGGUUUCAGGAAGAGAUCUUUAGGUGUUGUCCAGUUUGACACAACAAGAAACCGAUUCUUAGCUGCUGGCGAUGAAUUUCAAAUUAAGUUCUGGGAUAUGGACAGUACCACUAUGUUAACAGCUGUUGAUGCAGAUGGCGGUUUACCUGCAAGUCCUAGACUAAGGUUUAACAAAGAAGGGUCGUUGUUGGCAGUCACUACUAAUGAGAAUGGUAUUAAGAUUUUAGCCAACAAUGAUGGUAUACGCUUGAUAAGGAUGCUGGAGGGCAGGGCUAUGGAUAAGAAUCGAGGUCCUUCUGAGCCUACUAAUUCCAAGCCACUAAUUGUUAAUGCACUAGGCCCAGUGGCGAAUGUUUCUUCUGCUGUUGGUCCUACCCUAGAGCGUUCGAACAUUAUACCGCCUGCUGUGUCUAUCAGUGGCCUUAGUCCUGUGGAAAAUAGCAGGCUUGUUGAUGUUAAACCACGGAUCUCCGAUGAUAUAGACAAGAUUAAGAGCUGGAAGAUUCCUGAUAUUGGAGAUCCAUCUCUACUAAAACCUUUGCGAUUGCCAGAUUCUGGAACUGCUGCUAAGGUUGUGAGACUUAUGUACACUAAUAAUGGCCUUACUUUGUUGGCUCUAACUGCUAAUGCUGUUCACAAGCUAUGGAAAUGGCACCGUAGCGAUAGGAAUCCAUCAGGAAAGGCUACGGCUUAUGUCACUCCACAGUUGUGGCAGCCUCCCAAUGGGACGCUUAUGACCAAUGACAUAAAUGACAGUAAACCACCUGAGGAAUCUGCUGCAUGCAUUGCUUUAUCUAAAAAUGAUUCUUAUGUCAUGUCUGCCUCUGGUGGGAAGGUUUCGUUGUUCAACAUGAUGACCUUUAAGGUCAUGACAACAUUUAUGCCUCCACCUCCUGCGGCGACAUUUUUGGCAUUUCAUCCCCAAGAUAAUAAUAUAGUUGCCAUUGGCAUGGAGGAUUCGACUAUUCAAAUAUAUAAUGUUAGGGUUGAUGAGGUCAAAACGAAACUUAAAGGCCAUCAGACUCGGAUUACAGGUCUUGCAUUUUCUCAAACUCUUAAUGUGCUGGUUUCUUCGGGCGCUGAUGCUCAGUUAUGCAUGUGGAGCAUAGACGGAUGGGAGAAAAAGAAGACGAGAUUCAUACAAGCACCAGUUGGUUGGCAGUCUCCGUUGUCUGGAGAAACUAAAGUUCAGUUUCACAAUGAUCAAACGCAUCUGUUGGUUACCCAUGAAAGCCAGAUUGGCGUGUAUGAUGGCAAGCUUGAAUGCUUACGCUCGUGGUAUCCAAAAGAUGCACUUGCUGCUCCCAUCUCAAGUGCAAUAUAUUCUUGUGACGGAUUAAUGGUAUACGUUGCGUUUUGCGAUGGCGCAAUUGGCGUUCUCGACGCAGAUAACAUAAGACUCAGAUGUCGAAUAGCUCCUUCUGCUUACAUGCCAUCAGGUGCUCUCAGCAGCAACCCAGUUUAUCCUAUGGUCGUAGCGGCUCAUCCGUCCGAUCCUAACCAGAUCGCACUUGGCAUGACCGAUGGCACGGUACACGUGGUCGAGCCAUCCGACAUUGAGCUUAAGUGGGGUGGAACACCAUCUCAAGAUAAUGGGCCACUUCCAUCAAAUUCCUCAAACCCCUCCUUGAGCGGUCAAGCAUCAGAACAUCCUUCAAGGUGAUGAUGAUUGAUGGUCACGGACAAGUAGGUUCUGACCUGAGGAGUACAGAGUCGUGGUUUUAUAAAUGUUAGCUAGCUCCUCUUCUUUUUUGUUUUUUAAAUACGUUAGGCCGUGUUGCAUUCGUUGUAAAUCUUUUCGUCUUUGAGCUAAUUUUUUCAAAUUAGCUUGUGGUCGGAAUAUAUUGGAAGACACCUUGAGAGGCCAAUUUGCCUUCCCACAGUAUUUUAGUGUUUCUCUCUUUAUACCUAGUCACGUAUAUGUUUUCAUCAUGGUUUUGGAA